AUGUCCAAGCGAACUUCAGUAGUGCCCAACCUCGAUCUAAGCCACUUCAAGAUCGAGUCGAGGAAAGAGAAGAUUAGUUCGCCUCUGACUCCAAAUCAUACCAGCCCAGACGGACCCUUAACUCCUCGUUCGCCCAAGUCUGCAUCCAGCUCUCCUCUCUUUAAAGGCGCAACCAUUCGCCCUGUCACGCAAGACUCCGAAGGCAAGGCACCCAGCCCUACUCUCCCAGUUUCUCCCAGUGCAGCGCCCGACGAGCCUACGACACCCGGUAUCACAGCCAUUCCUCAAUACAUCCCUUCCAAAGAGUCAUCAAAACACACGCGCGAUGCAUCAAGGUCAUUCUUCGGCACUCUCAAAGCACCGAAAUCGUCUCACAAGUCACAACGAUCAGACGGUUCGGAGGUUUCGACGGAACUUCCUAAAAGCCGAGGCAGUUCUAGGGAACGUCGGACAGAGAUGUUUUCGAAGUCAUAUGAGUCAGCGCCUGAUCUUCUAGGGACACUUGCCCGAUCGAAUGGAGCGGAAGCGACUAGCUGGAGCUCCAAUAAGACUUCGCUUAAUUCAGACGGCAAGAAAGUCGGCACAGAUCUCGAGUCCGCCGCGCCGAAGAAAAACAAACAACGAUUUGCCAGCCUUUUGACUCGAUCUCGCUCAAUUCGCGAUGACUCCGGAAACAGAGGCCCAGCCCGACGCCCGUCUACAGGUCUGGCGAAGCUGGAAGAGUUCAAUCCAAGUGCGAACACAACUACGAACCAGCCGCGCUGUGCGACUGCACGCCCUGAAAAUGCGGUUCGGGGAGGUCUACAUCCCCCUGAGCGUCAAACAGACACCGUGUCUUUGCGCAAGGAGCGCAGCCACGGCAACAUGGUUACAUCUGGUUCCUUGGGUCAAGUUUCUGGCGCCUCGGCUAGCCUUCUCAGUAACCUGAAGUCGUCCUCAAGUGGCGCGGCAGACCGCAUUGGCAAGGCCGGCAAAGGGUUCUUUGGCAAGAUCACUCGCAGUGGUAGCACCAAUGAACGGGAGAUGGUGACUGACGACUCAUAUACGUGCGCCGUCAUCAACCUCCCACUCAUUGAGCAGACGAGGAAGACCCGCAUUGCAAGGAAGAUCCAAGGCUGUCGAGAUAAGACCGAGUUUUGGAUGCCUGCCUUACCGUACCGCUGCAUCGAUUAUCUCAACUUCAAGGGCUGUGAGGAAGAAGGCCUUUACCGUGUCCCGGGUAGCGGCAGGGAAGUCAAGCACUGGCAACGACGUUUCGACACGGAACUCGAUAUCAAUCUCUUCGAUGUCCCUGAUCUCUAUGACAUCAAUACGGUUGGGUCUCUCUUCAAAGCCUGGCUUCGUGAGCUUCCGGAUGAGCUCUUCCCAAAGGCCACCCAAACGAUGAUUGCCCAGAAGUGCGAAGGCGCCACGACGGCACCGCAGCUACUCAAGGACGAGCUUUCCAAGUUACCACCAUACCACUACUAUCUCCUCUUCGCCAUCACCUGCCAUCUCAACCUACUACACUCGUAUGUGGACCAGAACAAAAUGGACUACCGUAACCUGUGCAUCUGCUUCCAGCCCUGCAUGAAGAUCGAUGCAUUCUGCUUCCAAUUCCUGGUCUGCGACUGGAAGAACUGCUGGCAGGGCUGUUGGACCGAGAAGGAGUAUCUUGAGGUUGAGGCGAAAAUGGACGAGCGCGAUAUCGCGGCCUCGGAAAAGCUCCAAGCUGCCGAACAAAGGGAGCAAGCUACUGCCAACCACGAGCGAGCUGUCUCCUCUUCCAGCAGUAGCGCCGAGGACGAGGUGCCCCGCCCGGCGACCGCUCGCACCCGAAAGACUCCACCAAAGAAUAUCGAGACGCACUCCAGGAGCAUCUCUCAGCUCCCCGAACUCGGCCCUCCGCUCUCUCCUAUCAAAAUCUAA